AUGGUAGGAACAUGUCAAGGCACCAACACCUCGGGAAAAGAUAAGAAGAAUGUAAAGAAGGUAAAGAAAUCAUCCAAUGAGGAUAAAGUUGUAGUCAAUAUGCAUGGUGUAAAAAUGAAAGGUGUUAUGAUUGGAGGGAUGAUUGAGGUUAAUGAUUUUUAUAAUAUUACACAAACCCUAGAAACUAUGAAUGCAUGUGAUAACCCUCUAAGUGAGAAUAAUAUUGAUAAGACUCUAAAUAAUGAGUCUAGUGAGAAAGAACUCAAUACUUGUCAGGAUGAUGGAAACAAGGAUGACAACAACAAUGUCGAUGACAUUCCUCAUAGUAAAGAGAAUGAGUCAAAUGGUUAUGAAGAAUUUAAUAACGAAGAUUAUGGUUCUGAAGCAAGUGAAGAGGAAGGUGACAAAAUCACCGAAGAGGUUGAAAACGUUAACCAAAUGGAAGAACGAGAGGAAAUUAAAGAAGACAUGAGUCAAUAUGAUGUUAAUGACAAUAUCAUUUCCAAUAUUGAUGAUGAAGUCCUGAUUAUUAAUGUUAAUGAAACUACAACAAAAUCUGCAAAAAGAUCUAAGGAGAAGGCUUGGAAAAGGAUAUCUACUUUGAAACCCAUGAAGAACACUACCAAAAAUUAUGCCACACCAAUCAAGAGGAGAAAAAUAUCUAAGAAGAAUGAGGAUUUCCUAAAUAAUAAGAAGUCUACGUGGAAGAAAAGUGUUACUAAAAAGCCUACCAGUAAGGAGAAGUUUAUGAUGAAGCGGAAGAAGGUUCCAGAAGUGGAAGUCAUUGAGGAAGAUCUCAAUAUCAAUUUGGAUGACAUAUUGGUUCAUGUGAAUAAGAAAAGUAAAAAGGUGGUUGGGAGUAAGAAAUUACCUAACAAUAUUCAUGUAGUUCCCAUGGACAACAUUACCUUCCACUCUAAAGAGAGAGUGUUGAAAUGGAAAUACAUCUACCACAGGCGUAUUGCUCAUGAAAGAUAA